AUGGGGCCAUGGCCCUGCUCCCCGGGUGCGGAGCCCCCGGGUGGCAGCAGCAGGGCCCACGCCCGGCACAUCAUCAUCAAUGUGGGCGGCUGCAGGGUGCGCCUGGCCUGGGCCGCGCUGGCCCGCUGUCCCCUCGCGCGCCUCGAGCGCCUGCGCACCUGCCGCGGACACGAGGAGCUGCUGCGCGUGUGUGACGACUACGACGUGAGCCGCGACGAGUUCUUCUUCGACCGCAGCCCCUGCGCGUUCCGCGCCAUUGUGGCGCUCCUGCGUGCGGACAAGCUGCGGCUGCUGCGCGGCCCGUGCGCGCUGGCCUUCCGCGAUGAGCUGGCCUACUGGGGCAUCGACGAAGCGCGGCUGGAGCGCUGCUGCCUGCGCCGCCUGCGCCGCCGGGAGGAAGAGGCUGCCGAGGCGCGCACCGGGUCGCGACCUGCGGAGCGCAUGGCGCCGGGAAGUCCCGGCCGCCCCCUGGGGUCCCGGGGGCGGCUGGCGCGUGGCCGGCGGCGCCUGCGCGACUUGGUGGACAACCCGCACUCGGGGCUGGCCGGCAAACUCUUCGCCUGCGUGUCCGUGGCCUUUGUGGCCGUCACAGCAGUCGGCCUGUGCCUGAGCACCAUGCCGGACAUCCGCGCGGAGGAAGAGCGGGGCGAGUGCUCCCGCAAAUGCCGCAACCUCUUCGUGCUGGAGACCGUGUGCGUCGCCUGGUUCUCCUUCGAGUUCCUGCUGCGCUCGCUGCAGGCAGAGAGCAAGUGUGCCUUCCUGCGGACGCCGCUCAACAUCAUCGACAUCCUGGCCAUCCUGCCCUUCUACGUGUCUCUGCUCGUGGGCCUGGCUGCGGGCGGCGCAGCGCGGGCAGGCGCAGGCGCGGGCGGCAACAAGCUGCUGGAGCGCGCGGGGCUGGUGCUGCGGCUGCUGCGCGCACUGCGCGUGCUCUAUGUGAUGCGCUUGGCGCGCCACUCGCUUGGGCUGCGCUCGCUGGGCCUGACCGUGCGCCGCUGCGCGCGCGAGUUCGGGCUGCUGCUGCUUUUCCUCUGCGUGGCCAUGGCCCUGUUCGCGCCGCUCGUGCACCUGGCUGAGCGCGAGCUGGGCGCGGGCCGCGACUUCUCCAGCGUGCCGGCCAGCUACUGGUGGGCGGUCAUCUCCAUGACCACCGUGGGUUACGGGGACAUGGUGCCGCGCAGCGUGCCCGGGCAGGUGGUGGCGCUGAGCAGCAUCCUCAGCGGCAUCCUGCUCAUGGCCUUCCCCGUCACCUCCAUCUUCCACACCUUCUCGCGCUCUUACUCCGAACUCAAGGAGCAGCAGCAGCGGGCUGCCAGCCCUGAGCCGUCCCUGCGCGAGGACAGCACGCGCUCUGCUUGCGCCACCGAGGACAGCUCACAGGGUCCCGACGGCGCCUUAGAGACUGGGGACUCCGCCGACGGCGCGUGGGCGCGCUCAGGGCCGGCCUGACCCGGGCGGGGGCCCUGCCUGCACCCAGAGGUGGCCGUGGCUGGCGGUCACUGGAGGCUGAUCCUCUCCAGCUAGAAACAGAACCGCGGUCCUUGCCUCCCACCACACAGAGGGGCAGGGACUGCCCUUGGGGGCAGCACCUCCUGGCGCCCAAAGGGGCCCCCCUCUAGUGGGCGUACCCAGCCACGUGCAUGCUGUGAGGAGCAGGCGGCAGAACCAGGCCCCGGCUGGCGCCGGCCCGGAAGUGACGUCGAAAGCCGUCCUGCGCUGUGAGCGGGUCCCUAGGGGGCGCCCAGCCUGUCCUCCUUGCUCGCCUCCCUGGGAAGUCCAGGCUCCUCGGCUGGUGAGUGAGUCCCAGAGCGUCCCAGCCGGUAGCGACACUGGGAGGUCACACCGCCCCAGGCCUCGGCCUGGCUCUUCCGCCUGGAGGUGGUCGGAGCAGGGGUGGGGGUGGGGUGCACCGGCGCGCAGUCCGGGAGGAGCAGUCAGGGGGCAGUUCCCAGGGGAAGGGGGCAGUCCCCUCCUGCCGCGUCACCCGGGUGGGCUGUGCCCCGCGGGAGGAAGGCCUUCCCGGGGCACCCCGCUCUGCAGAAGUCCGCAUCCCUGCCAAGCGACAGGCACAGAGGUGUCACGUGGAUGCUCGCAGCCUCCCAGUUCCUUGGGGGUGCAGCCCUGCCCUCUGACCUCCGCUGGCCCUGUCCUGCGGGGGUCUUCCUGGGUCGCCUCCUCACGGGUGUCCCCUGAAACGCGCCACCCUUUCAGCUGCCAGGGGACUGCACCCGAUCCGCUGGGACCCUCGUCUCCAGUAGGGACACUUCCCCGGGGCUCCAGGCCUAGAGGGGGUUCGGGGAGGAGACGUGGGAGGGGGCCCUGGGCCUUGAGCUGCUAGAAACCUGUCGUCACUGAGGCGGGAGCCUUUUCUCCUUUGGGGGGGUGGAACCCGCCAAUCCUUGAGCUGAGCUGUGACUCCUGCCAAAGACCCAGCUGCAGGGGAUCCUGUACCACUCAGAGGCCCACCUUCCUCACCCCAGAAGCAGGGCACCUGCCCACCACCACCCCUCCUGCCUUUUGGCGGGGCCCGGGUGGGGGCUGAGCUGGGCAGGGGGCUGCGGGCCAGGGGGUGGCCUCCUGUAGAAUGUUCCCGCUGGUCCCCAAGGGCAGCACCGGCACCCUCCUCAGGGCACAGGGGCUCGGGGGCCAGGAGGGGGCUCCUCUGCUCACAGGGAGUCUGGCCAUGCAGAGUGUGGGGCCCUGUACCUGGGGAGCACCCCCGCAUGCAGAGCCCAGGUGGCCCUCCUGUUCCAAGUACCCCUGGCCUCUGGCUGCCCGCCCCCCACCCCCCCCAGGAUGGGGCUGAGUGCUCCAGGGGACAGGCCAGCAUGGGAGCAGGCGGCAACCCGUGCUCAGCCACAGGGACAGGCUGGCUGGGCCACCGUGAGUGAGGAGCGUGGGUUUCCCUGUGGUCUUCCUCCUCACUCCCAGCCACGGGUCAGUUGGCAUGGGACUGCCCGGGCCCCACCGACCGAGUCUUGGUCAGUGUCAGGUGGACAGGGGCCCGGGAAACAAACACCGGGGUCUCACCAGCAACCAAGAAACUGCAGGGGUCACACUGAGCUGAGGGUCCCCAACCACGGGAGGCGAGGCCUGUCCCCCACCGUCCAGGGUGCCCGUGGAAGCCCACAGCCGGCGGGGAGAUGGGGCUGUCCAGGGUGGGCUCCGGGGCUCGGCACCUGGCCCGACACCUGUCGCCCUGCCUGCGUGCACAGACAGGCCCGCCCAGCUGCCUGGUCAGCUGUCCACCCCGGGGGGCCCAUCUCACAGGACGGGCCAGAUCGGGGCCCCAGGAGGGGUGCCAGUCCAGCCCAGGGGACGUGACACUUCUGGGCAGAGGCCUGUGUAGGGGGCUGGCUCUUCCCUGCAGACCCU